AUGACUCAACCUGAUAAUAAUAGAAACAGUACAACUACUUCAUCAUCAUACUCCAGUGCACUCCUACAGCAACCAGUCAGCAAAACACCAUCAAAAAACCAAGCGAUUCUCCUAACAGCAGUAGAUGGGAUAAAAAUCCAUGAUUAUAUUAUUGCAAUUGGCUCGAUUGUAGGUCCCAAAAAUAUACUGUUCGCAUCAAGAAUUGCUAACGGCCGAAUCUGUAUGUAUCUGAGUAACACUGAUAGCGUGGACAAAAUAAUCACUGAACACAAAUCCAUAAAGAUCCAAGACCACGACAUCGAAAUAAGACGACUUGUUACACCUGCUCAAAGGCUAGUUAUUUCAAAUGUCUGCCCCUCUGUGCCAAACAACAUUAUUGAAAGUUCACUAACAACUAUGGGCCUGAAGCUACUCUCCCGCAUAACUUACCUCCGAGUUGGAAUGCCGGAAAAUGAAUACAAUCACAUUCUCAGUUUCCGUCGACAAGUGUAUAUUGCACCACCUGUUAGCGAAAUCGUAGACUCUACCACUAUAACCUUUGAGGAAACGACAUACAGGAUAUUUUUCUCCGUAGACGGACCAAGCUGUACUCUUUGCAAGCAGACGGGACAUACAUUGGAAAAAUGCCCCAAAUCACAAUCCAGAAAUGAAGAUACCGAAUCAAGAAUAGAAUUUGAGUCAUCUAAUGUACAUAACAAAACUAAUACAUUGAGCUUAAACAUGACUGCAACCAUACAAGACAACUCUGUAUCAGAGGAAACUCGACCUAAACGACAAAUCUCAACAUCCCCCGUAUCUACUAACACCCAGCCUACAUUAACUGAAGCCCCCACUAAGAGAAUCAAAACAUCAAAAGUUUCUGAGGAAUCCUUGGAACCCGCCGAGGAAUUCAUAAACUCACGGUUUACGUCAACCAAGCUAAAUGUGUCAGAGGUAGCUGACAUGAUAGAAAAUACAUAUAAAUCCAAAGAUAUAAUAGCAACGUUUAGAAACUACACAAAUAACAUACCGGAUAUGAACCAAUUUUUAGCUGAACUAUACCCACAUUUAAAGGAUAGGAGCACAAAAAUAAAAAUUACAAAAAUCAGAAAAAAAUUAGCGAAACAUCUAGAAAACUUAUCGUCCAAAAACAGUGAAGAAAAGGAUCUAGAAUCAUCCGAUGGCGAAGUCUCUGGAUCCUCUUUCUCAACAUACUAG